CACACUCCGCUCUGCUUUGUUUUCCGCCUCUGACAGCAGCAGCGCUGGAUCCAGGGGGAGGCGGUGUGCAUGGAUCGCACGAUCUGCAGGGGAUCUGCUGGGAUCUAGGAGGAGAUCUGCUGGGAUCUAGGAGGACUGUGUGUCCCUGAACAUAAUGAUGAGGACCGGGGUCUCACCGUGCCCAUGGGGCAUCCUGGGCAGAGGAGAUCUGCUGGCAUUAGUGCUUUGCUUGUCCAUGCUGCACAUGGGAGGAAGCCAGAAGUCUGCAGGUGGAUUCAGUCUUCACCCUCCAUACUUCAACCUGGCAGAAGGGGCAAGGAUCAGGGCAAGUGCUACCUGUGGGGAGGAGAGGAGCUCCGGGAGAGAAGGAGAGGAGCCCCAGCCUAGGAUGGAUCUCUACUGUAAGCUGGUGGGAGGACCAGUGCUGUCAUCACAUACUAUCCAGGGGCAGUUUUGUGAUUUUUGUGACACUUCAGAUCCUAAUAAAGCAUACCCUGCAUCCAAUGCUAUUGAUGGAACGGAGCGAUGGUGGCAAAGCCCACCAUUAUCAUUGGGGCUGCAUUACAAUGAGGUCAAUGUCACUAUAGAUCUUGGUCAGCUCUUCCAUGUGGCUUAUGUUCUCAUCAAGUUUGCCAACUCCCCUCGUCCUGAUCUUUGGGUUCUAGAGAGAUCCACUGACUUUGGAAACACUUACAUGCCUUGGCAAUACUUUGCUAAUUCUAAACAUGACUGCUUGCAUCAGUUUGGAAAGGAGACCAAACAACCUAUUAUUAAAGACGAUGAUGUAAUUUGCACAACGGAAUAUUCCCGCAUUGUCCCUCUAGAAAAUGGAGAGGUGGUAGUCAGGUUAGUGAGUGGACGACCAGGUGCUAAACAUUUUACGGACUCUCCUGUACUGAGAGAAUUUACAAAGGCUACGAAUAUAAGGCUGCGUUUCCUCAGGACAAACACGCUGCUUGGACACUUAAUAUCUAAAGCAGAAAAAGAUCCAACAGUAACACGCAGGUACUACUAUAGUAUUAAAGACAUCAGUAUUGGAGGUCGCUGUGUAUGUCAUGGCCAUGCUGACGUCUGCACUGUGAGAAAUGAUGGCAACCAGAAUCUGUAUCAGUGCCAGUGCCAGCAUAACACAUGUGGGGAGAUCUGUGACCGCUGCUGUCCUGGUUAUAAUCAGAUGCCAUGGCGGCCUGCUGGUGUUGACACAGCCAAUCAAUGUGAACUUUGCAAUUGUCAUGGACAUGCCUCUGACUGUUAUUAUGAUGCUGAAGUAGAUUAUCAGCAAGCAAGUCUAGAUAUACAUGGCCAGUACAAUGGGGGAGGAGUUUGCAUUAACUGCCAGCAUAACACAGCAGGUGUGAAUUGUGAGAGAUGUGCUGUGGGAUACUAUCGACCAUAUGGCGUUUCUAAAGAAGCACCCAAUGGCUGUUUUCCUUGCAGCUGCAACCCUCAACAGUCCGAUGGAUGUGAAGAAGGAUCGGGAAGAUGUUAUUGUAAGCCCAACUUUACUGGAAUUAAUUGUGAGAGGUGCUCCGAAGGGUACUAUGGGUAUCCGGCCUGUCUACGAAUUCCAUUUUACCCUGUACCUACUACAUCGUUUCCUCUAACGCCGACUGCUGGCAGCAUAAAAGGUUGCAAUUGUACGGGCGUUGGAGCAUUAAGCCAUAACUGUGACAGACUGACUGGACAGUGUCCUUGCCGGGGUGGUUUUCAGGGUACUGCUUGUGAUCGGUGUGCUGCUGGCUUCUUCCAUUAUCCAGUCUGCCAAAGAUGUGAUUGCAAUCCCAAUGGAGUGCUCCCUGAAGUAUGCAACCCUGCUGGGCAGUGCCUGUGCAAGUUUAGGAUGGAGGGGGAACGUUGUGACAAGUGUCGCAAAGGCUAUCAUUCUUUUCCUAGCUGUUUCGAGUGCGACUGUGAUAUGUUUGGUGCUUCUAACCCAUCAUGUGGUACUCGUGGUGAAUGUCUCUGUCGCCCUAACUAUGCCGGGCAAACAUGUAAUGAAUGUGCACCUAAUUUCUACAGCUACCCCUCAUGCCUGCCUUGCCAAUGUUCAGCUCAAGCCUCGUUUCAGAGUACAUGCAACCCUGUGACUGGGCAAUGUGAAUGUCGACCAGGGGUAACUGGACCGAAAUGUGACAGGUGCUCAUCUGAACUGGAUGAUUAUCCAUCUUGUCAUGGCUUUAAUGGGGAAUGUAACCCAAUUGGGACCAUCAAUUCUCAAGCCGGCCGUUGCCAGUGCCAGCCUAGAGUUGAGGGUAUAACCUGUGAUCAUUGCAAGCCACUAUAUUGGAAUUUGGAUAAAGAAAAUCCUCAAGGCUGCAUUGAUUGCUCCUGUGAGAUAGAUGGAACAAUAAGUGGAAUAGGGGAAUGCCACCAGACUGAUGGUGACUGCCAUUGUAAGCCAAACGCUUGCAGCUCAUCCUGUGGAACCUGUGAUGAUGGAUAUUUUUUCCUAGAAGGCAGGAAUUAUUUUGGAUGCAAAGGCUGUCAGUGUGAUGUGGGAGGAGCAGUCAGUCACCUGUGUGAUGAAUCGUCAGGAAAAUGCUCUUGCAGAAAAAACAUUGAAGACAACAACUGUAAAAUACCAAAGCAAAGCUUCUACUUCCCUGACCUCUAUCAAAUGAAAUAUGAAAUAGAGGAUGGCACAAGUUCUGAUGGAAGGGCCAUUCGUUUUGGAUACAACGCAGAGGAGUUUCCUGGGUUUAGUUGGCGGGGAUAUGCUCCCAUGUCAGCCAUACAAAAUGAAGUUAGGAUCCCUGUUAGCGUGGGUAAAUCAAAUCUCAACUUAUUUCGUAUUAUUUUGAGAUACAUUAAUCCUCAAGUGAAUCCUAUAACUGGGCACAUUACUGCUUUCAGAUCUCGACCUAGCAAAGGAUCAUUGGACAUCAAAGAGGUCGUGUUCCAUUCAAGUAAAGAACCAGCAUUUCUUACUGUGCCGGGAAAAAGUUUUGCCGAGCCAUUUUCUUUGGCGCCUGGAAACUGGAUCAUUAAAAUUGUAGUGGAAGGAGUGCUUUUGGAUUACCUUGUGUUACUGCCAAGUGAUUUCUAUGAAGCGUCCAUUUUACAGCUAAGAGUUACAGAGCCAUGCAGCUAUAAUGGGUUUGCUGGUGAAAACUGUCUUGUGUAUCAACAUUUGCCAAUGGAGAGGUUUAAGUGUGUUCAUGGCCCUGAUAUGGAAUACUUCAAACAAGAUGGAAUAAACCGGCCAAUAAUUGUUCGGAAACCAAGCAGCGGGAGCCCACCAGUAGCUUAUAUUUCAGGAGGACAGGUGGAGCUCCGAUUCAGGGUAAAUGUCCCCAAGGCUGGAUUUUAUGUGCUUGUGUUUGAAUAUGCCAACGAAGACCCUCAGCAAUAUAUUCUUAAUGUGUUUACAGCCAGUAACCCUUCUACUUCAGCCAGAGUCAGGCUCUAUAACUGCAAAUACAGCUCCCUUUGUCGCAGUAUUGUGGUGGACAGCAUGAAUCGCAUUGCAACAUUUGAGUUGUUUUCAGAGGUAGAAAUUCAAGUGACAGCAACUUCAGUCAGCUUCAUGUUGCACUCUGUAUGUGUGGUUCCCAUAGAAGAGUUUACUAUUGAAUAUGCAGAGCCCAAGGUGCAAUGUAUCGCUGCUUAUGGGCGUAUUCCAGGUCAAAGCCCAUCGUGCAUUCAAUCUUCAGUCUAUGAAACUCCACCUCUGGCGUUGUUCCUGGACUCUGUCAAAGAUGCUGUAUAUUCUGAUGGACAGAAACCCAUAGUACAAGAACAUGUCCCAGGACCAGGGCUUCCAGGUCACUCAGGCAACAGAGUACAGCUAAAAUCACCACAGAAUGACAUCACUUUGGCAAGAAGAAUACCCCAUACAGAGAGAUAUGUCUUCAUUGUCCAUUACUACCAGGCUGAAAACCCCACAUUUCCUGUAUCAGUGGUAGUGAAUGGGGGAGCACAAUAUUCAGGUACUUUCAACGCUUCAUAUUGCCCUCAUGUGUUUGGCUGCCGAGAAUUGGUAGUUGCCGGUAAUCGUAUUGGCCUCGAUGUCACUAACCCAGACCUGUCAGUGACAGUGACAGCUCCUCCAGAUAAGUUACUGAUUUUGGAGUCCAUCCUGCUGGUUCCAACAGACAGUUACUCCUAUGACCUUCUGCAAGAGAAACCCUUGGAUAAAUCUUUUGACUUCAUUAAUAUAUGUGGGGAAAACAGCUUUUAUAUUGAUCCAAUUACCUCACCUGAGUUCUGCAGAGAUUCAGCAAGAUCACUUGUUGCAAAUUAUAAUGAUGGCGCAUUGCCAUGCCAAUGCAACCUAGAGGGAGCCACUAGCCCCAACUGCAAUCCUAUGGGUGGACAGUGCAGCUGCAGACCUAACGUUAUUGGGAGAACAUGUAGUCAGUGUGCUACUGGCUACUAUGGAUUUCCCUACUGUAGACCAUGUAACUGUGGUCGCCGUCUUUGUGAUGAAGUAACUGGCAGAUGCAUCUGUCCUCCCCAUACCAUCAAACCUUCAUGUGAAGUGUGUGAACAACAGUCAUUCAAUUACCACCCUCUUUUGGGAUGUGAAGGGUGCAACUGUUUACCCAUAGGCAUAAUACAGCCAUCCCACCCAGAGUGUGAUGGGAUAAGUGGACAGUGCAGAUGUAAACCAAGAAUAACAGGCAGGCAGUGUGACCGCUGUGCUCCAGGUUAUUUCCGCUUUCCUGACUGCCUUCCAUGUAUCUGCAAUCCAGAUGGGACACUUCCUCAGAUCUGUGACCACCACACUGGUGUCUGCUUGUGCAAGGAAAAUAUUGGAGGUACAAGAUGUGAUGCUUGCCAGACUGGGACAUUUUAUUUUGAUCCUUCAAACGCCAAAGGAUGUACCAAGUGUUUUUGUUUUGGGGCAACAGAUGUUUGCCAUUCUUCCAAUAAGCACAGAAAAAAGUUUGUAGACAUGAGGUCAUGGAGUCUCGAGGCACCAGAUCAGACCCUAGUGGCUAUCACUUUCAAUCCAGGCAGCAACAGUGUUGUAGCAGAUGUGCAAGAAUUACCACUGUCUGUUCACAGUCUGUACUGGGUGGCACCAGAGUCAUUCUUGGGUGAGAGGAUUUCAUCAUAUGGCGGCUCUCUGACAUAUCAGCUGAAGUCCUUUGGCUUACCAAGUGAAGGCAUGGUACUUCUAGACAAGCGGCCGGAUGUUCUGUUAACAGGUAGACAAAUGACUGUUGUUUAUGUGGAUCUCAACAAUCCUUUACCAGACAGGCAACAUUAUGGUCGUGUUCAGCUUGUGGAGGGGAACUUCCGGCAUGCAAGCAGCAACAGCUUAGUGUCUCGAGAGGAGCUUAUGAUGAUCUUGUCCAGACUGGAAAGUUUACAUAUCCGAGCCUUGUAUUUCACUGAGACUCAGCGCCUCACCCUUGGAGAGGUUGGCCUUGAAGACAUCACCAUCUCAGGAAGUGGGCGUGUAGCACACAGUGUAGAGAUAUGUGCAUGCCCUCCCGAAUAUACAGGUGAUUCAUGCCAGGAAUGUGCACCUGGACACUACCGUGAGAACCAAGGAUUGUACUUAGGAAGGUGUGUCCCAUGUAGGUGUAAUGGACAUUCAACGCGAUGCAACGAUGGGUCAGGAAUAUGUAUUAACUGCCAGCAUAAUACCGCAGGUGACCACUGUGAAGUGUGCAAAGAAGGUUACACUGGGAAUGCUGCAGAGGGGUCAUGUAGCUUAUGUGCUUGUCCUCUCCCUGUGCUUUCAAACAGCUUUGCCACAGGAUGUACAGGUAGUGGGAGAAAUCUAAAGUGUUUUUGCAAGCCAGGAUACGUUGGAUAUAACUGCGGAGAAUGUGCAUUAGGAUACUAUGGCAAUCCAUUACGGUUGGGUGGCAAGUGUCUGCCAUGUAAUUGUGGAAAUAAUGGGCAGUUGGGCAGUUGUGAUCCUUUAACUGGAGAAUGCUUUGAUGAAGAUCCAAAGGACACUGGAGAUGAUGAAUCAUGUGACAGCUGCGUUGAUGCUCUAAUGAUGGAUCUCAUGACUGUACAAGAUGAACUCAACCUGAUAAAGGCCAGGCUGCAAAGCUUUAAUACCUCGAGCCGUUCACUGAAGCAGAUUAGAGAUCUGGAAGCUCGCAUCCAAGAAGUGAAACUACAGUAUGACAUUUAUAACAGUAAACUCACAAGUCAACGACAGAAAGUGGACAGUGUGGAGAAAGACACUAACAAACUCAAACAGGACAUAGCAGCUCUGCUUGAAAAGGCUCAAAUGAAUUUUAAGAAGUACGAAGACAUCAUGAAAAAUGCUGAUAAUACUUUCCGUAGCGCUAGCAAAAUGCUUCUGAACAUUGAUGUACUCGUGAAGAACAUUAACAUCCUCAUUAAAGAGAUUGCAAGUGGACCAUCUGACCCAUCAAGUGCUGGAGAAGUGUCUUCUAAAAUGGCUGAGGUUCAACGCAUGUUAAAUGAGAUGCGAAAGCGCAACUUCAACACACAGAAAGCGGAAGCAGAACGUGAGAAAGAAGAAGCCAAAUCUUUACUGAACCGCGUGAGAAACCAGUUCCAGAAGCAUAUUGACCAGCAUAAGGAGCUCAUGAAGGAAAUCAAUAAGUCAAUAAAAGAUUUUGAAGCCAAAAUAAAUGAUCUCCAAGAUGCUCUAGGUGAGGCUUCAGCACAAACCAAACAAGCAAAUAACCUCAACAAAGACAACAUAGUUAUCCUGGAUGAUCUUAAGAAAAGAGUUGCUGAAUUAACCAAACAACAAAAAGAGGCAGCCACUCACCUUAAAGGAGCAGAGACCAGCCUGGGGAAGACCAGUAGUAUGUUAAGUUUGCUGCAGAAGAGUAAAGAGGAAUAUGAGAGGCUUGCAGCACAGCUGGAUGGAGCUAAGCAGGAGCUUAAUGAAAAGGUGAACAUCCUCUCCAAGGCAGCCAGUAAGGAACCUCUGGUGAUUAUGGCGGAAGACCAUGCAAAGUCUCUGCAGAACUUGGCCAAUCAGCUGUUAGAAAUCAGACGGAAUACCAGCGAGGAGGAGCUGGUUCGCUGCGCUGUUGAUGCUUCCAAAGCUUAUGACGACAUUAUAAAUGCAGUGAAAGCUGCUGAAGACGCUGCAAAGAAGGCAAAGUCAGCAGCUGAUUCUGCUUUGACAAAAGUACAAAAUGAAGAUCUACCUGGGAAAGCCAAGAAAUCUCUUACAGACUCAGAGGCACUAUUGGAAGAUGCAAAGAAAACACAAAAAUCACUCAGAGAUGUAAACCCAGAGCUUGAAGACCUAAAGGACAGACUGACAGAGGCUACAGAUAAGAAGAAGACAUUGUCAGGUGACCUCACAGCUGUCCAAAAUAGCAUCAAUGCCAUCAAAAGAGAUGAUAUUGUAACAAUGCUCAACAAUGCCAAAAACGUAGUUACCAAUGCAAAUACAAUUACUGAUGGUGUUAACAAGGAAUUAAAACCCAUUGAAGAAGAUCUAAAGAAUCUUAAGGGCACAAUUGCAACCGGACAAAAUGAAAUGUUCAAUGAAGUACUAAAAGAGGCAAGCGACUCUGUGAAUAAACUAAGUGGCAGCCUGCCUGGUGUCUUUGAGUCCAUGAAUCGCAUCAAUGAUCUGAUGCCUUUGGGAAAUAUAUCUGAGAGCGUCAGCCGUAUCAGGGAGCUGAUUCAGCAAGCCCGAGAUGCUGCAAACAAGGUGGUAGUACCAAUGAGGUUUGAUGGCAAUUCUGGAGUAGAGGUGCGGCCUCCCAGUAACCUGGAGGAUUUGAAAGCCUAUACAUCUCUGUCAUUAUUUCUUCAAAGGCCACAAAAUCGAGGAGACCGUCGCAAACGUCAGUUGCCUCCAAACAUGUUUGUCAUGUAUCUGGGCAACAAAGAUACUACAAAGGAUUACAUAGGACUUGCUGUAGAAGAUGAUAAACUGAAGUGUAUGUACAAACUGGGAAACGAUGAGGCAGAAGUCAAUGUGGACACAUUUGUAUCGGUCAAUAAACCAGAUGAAGCCAUAAUGGACAGAGUUGUUUUAGAAAGGAUUUACCAGUAUCUUACAUUAAAUUAUACGAAGGCAUUCACAUCAAAUAAGCCAGACGCUAUUAUAAGUUCAACUAUCAAUGUGCAGCAAGGCACUCUGUUCUCCCUCACUGAAGAUGAUGUUGUCUUUUACGUUGGAGGAUACCCAGAUGACUUCAAGCCGCCGCGAGGAUUGGACUAUCAAAGAUACAGAGGAUGCAUUGAACUAGAUGACCUAAACCAAAAUGGAAUCAGUUUGUACAAUUUCCGCAAGACAUUUAACAUCGACACAAAAAAAGUGGAACCCUGCAAAAGAUACAAGGAAGAAUCAGAAAGAAGUUUCUUUGAAGGCAUUGGAUAUGCCACCAUAAAAUAUACCUUGCCACUUGGGGAUAACCCGCGGUUACGCUAUGAGCAGACCAUACAGACCACAGCAGAUAAUGGCUUAUUAUUCUUUGCAGAAAAAGAGGACAAUUACAUAAGUGUUGAAAUUGAAGAUGGUGUUCUUGUCCUCAAAUAUAAGCUGAAUUCAGGCCCAGUGAAAGAAAUCAAGAGUACCUUUGGACGUGUAAAUGAUGGAAAGGAGCAUUUGACUGAGGUGUAUAUUAUACCAAAGAAUAAAUUUUUACGUGUACGUCAAGGUCUGCAAACCAUAAGUGAUACAGAUGUUGAUGUAUUUACUUUUUCUACUUACUAUUUGGGUGGAGCUCCUAAGUCAUUUAUAGAAAAAUUUGACAUAACUACUCCUUCUUUCCGUGGAUGUGUUAAAAAUGUUAAGUCACCACAGAGUGGAACCGUAUUUUCUGAAACAUACGGAGUCAACCGAAGAUGCUAUGAUGAGUGGAAUAUUAUCCGAUCAGCAGAGUUCUCAAAUGGUGGAACUCUGGGACUGAAACCAGAUGGCUUCACCUUCCCAAGUACCUUUCAAGCAUCAUUUGGUUUUCAAACACCUCAGAACAAUGCUAUUCUGCUUACUCACCAGACACAGUCUGAUGACCUACAGGUCUCUCUAAAGAAUGGAAUCAUAACUGUAGAUACAAAAAAUCUUCAGCUACAAUCAAAGGGCAAAUAUGCAGAUGGUUCAAUGCAUUAUGUAUCUGUGAUAAAGGAGAAUGCUGAGAUGAAACUUUUAGUUGAUGACAAGGAUGUGACAGAAAACACGGAUUCCACCAGCUCCCCAAAUUUAUCACCCACUGACGUCUACCUAGGAGGAAGUGGAUUUAAAGGCUGUGUCACUAAUGUUUUCAUAACCAGAGCACAGCGAAAUCCAGCUAUUCAGGACCUUGCUGCGAACACAGAGAAAAGUAAAGUGUCACUAGGAACAUGCAAGCAAGACGAGGCCCCAUUGCCUCUCAUACUGAAAGCAAUGAAGCAGCCUUUAAGCCUCAGCCUUAAUGACUUUGGCAUGUAUGACCCGAACCGAAAGAGCAUUCAGAAGAGCUGUCCUAUUUAUGCAAACUUGACAUCUUCUCUGGGAUCCUUUAUGUUUGGUGAUUCUCCAGAUGGCCACUUGGCUUAUGAUCUAAACAAGCAGGUUUUCAAAGAGAGGUCACAUUUCUCAUUGGAGGUACGCACUGUCAAAUCAUCUGGCUUGAUACUCUUAAUGACUGACAAACAGGCAUCCAGUUACUUGGCUCUUCAUAUAUCCAAGGGGCACUUUGUGUUUUCCUUGGGAACUAAAGACAACAAGAUAAAAAUAAGAAGCCAAGAUAAAUACAAUGAUGGAAAGUGGCAUACAGUUGUGUUUAGCUGGGAUGGGCUCAAUGGCCGACUUGUCAUUGAUGGGUUAAAGGCUCGAAAAGGAAGUAUGAAAAAACAGUUCAGCCUGGAAGCUAUGACACAACUUUAUCUUGGUGGCGUUCCAUCUCUUAAAGUACAGGGUAUGCCAAAGAAAAGCUUUACUGGUUGUCUGAAAAAUGCAAAGAUAAAUGAGGUGCCCUUAGACAAACCAUCCCACACAGUCGGUGUCAUCCCAUGUUAUGAAGGCUCUUUUGAACCAGGAAUGUAUUUUGCUCAAGAGGCGGGAUACAUCGUUGCAGAUACUACUUUCGUCCCAGGACUUGACUUCGAAAUUAGUUUUGAAAUCCGACCACAAGACCUAUCCAAUGUAUUAUUACAUCUAGGGGACAAGACAGACAACAGACUGAGCCUUUACAUGGAGAGUGGGAAGAUAACCAUGUCUGUGAAUAAUGGUGCUGGCGCUUUUAAAGCCUCAGUUACUUCUCCAGGAGUGUUGUGUGAUGGCAAAUGGCAUACCAUAACAGUGAGUCAGAAGGGAAAUGCUGUUCAUCUCUAUCUAGACAAUGAAUCCAAGCAGACCGCUGGUUCCAACUCUGCACUGCGAUCAAGUACUAAGGCUCCAUUGUACAUUGGGGGAGUCCCAGAUGCCUUGGAAAUGCCAUGGCUUCCGGUCAAGAGAUCCUUUGCGGGCUGUAUGAAGAACCUGAAAGUCAAUAAGAAAGAAAUUAAAACCUUAAAACUCCAUGGUGCCAUCAGCCGAAGCAGAUGUCCUGCAGUGUAACUGAUAAGUCUAUUUCACGAAUCACUCUCCAUGGAACGUUCAUCAAUAUGGGUCUAUUGAGAUCUGCUGCACAGACUUCUUCCCAUAUUAAGGAUUUAUUCUAAGAAUGGAAAAUGGACUCUAAACACUUCUGAUGUCCUUAUUUGCAGUUUGUUAAAAUGUAAAUCCAAUCUAAAUUGCAACUACCUCAAUUAGAAGAGCUGUUAUUUGCAGAUAUAAUGAUGCCUUGUGGGAAAACAUUCUGUUUAGCUGUGAUAGAUUAUAUGGUCUUGGAACAGUUAUCGGGAUAAACUCAGAAUGAAAACAGAGACUGUUUAGCUUUUAUCUACUGUAUUACCAAAAACUGGGAUUUAUUAAGACAAGAUACAGACUUUGCGGUUCCAGCUCUUUAUUGAGGCUGUCCAAUCUUACACCACUGUUCUUAAACGUCAAUAUAGAUAAAACCAUUUUCUAUCACCUACUAUGGAUAUGGUUUUACAUGUUAACACAAAAAGACCAUAACGAAAACACUGAUUUAAUACGAUUUCCAAUUGAUAAAGUUUUUAACAUGAUAUGUGCUAAUUGUAAAUGUUUUGUUAUAACAGAGUUUAUAAUUAAAAUGUAUAUCAACUGUC